CUCGGCGCGACGGCCGCGUUGGAUGCGCUCGGCGAUCGUUCUUGCGCAACCACAAGUCCCGAUCGCGGCCCACCGAACGAGCGUAUAUGCUCUGACGUUCGUCACCAAAAAAAGUUUGGUUAAUGUUGCCACCUUGGCCUCGCGCGGAGAGAGAGAGAGAGAGACUGCUCCGCUCGCGCGAAUAUGUCGCGAGCGCGUGCUGUCUCACGCGACAAUGCGGCACCACCUCGCGAUCGUUCGUCUUCGGAAUUCCCCCGGAUCUCUUCCUCUCCCAGCUGCGUAUAAUUAACGAGGCUACUGUCUGUUGUAGCACCACCUUCCUUCGUCCGUCACUUCUGCAGCGUUUCCCCUCACGUGCCUCGCGUGUUUGUUCACCGAAAAUCAUAAUCGCCGAUCGCGCGAUAUUCCCUUCGAGCAACAGGAAAUCGUGUUACUGUUACCUCAUUUCCCACGCACCGUUGAUUUCGGCUUCGUUUUUCAAGCGUUUACCUUUGGAAAAUUUCUCUCCCGUAACAUACUGUCUAAUGUCUGGUAGAGACGAACGAGCUUGGAGCAUUUAUAUCGCACAAUAUAUAGUGCAUCAUGACGGAUUCCAUGAAAUUUGGUCCAGAAUGGUUGCGCAACAUGUCAGGUGACAGUUGCAAUACGGGUGGAGGUGGUGGAGGGACCACAACUUUGAGUACUCCUCGGUAUCAACUGGCAGAGUAUAGAUACGGUCGCGAAGAGAUGUUGGCUCUAUACGAUCGCAAUCAUAAACCUCCUGAGACAUUGCCAACUUAUUCAGGACUGUAUGUGGAGAAAGCUCAACUUCCGUUAGCUCUUAUACAGAUGACGGAGGAUGAAGCGCGUAUGUGGAACGGAGGAAUAGCCAAUAUCGGUGGCCGGGGAAGAGGUAGUAGCGUGGAUCGCGGAGGACGUGGUAGAAGUGGAAGAGGAAACAUGUAUUCCUCUCACUAUUCACGUGGAGUUGGUUUCGACGACUCCGGCGAUGGGAUACGAAUCGAGGGCCAAUCAUUCCAGGGGAGAAAUAGGCCGUUCGAUAGAUCUCAGAGCGAACGUGGUUGGUCAGAAAGAAACGGUGCUUCGGAUCCGGGAGAAUGGAACGGCUCAAGUAGUCCUCGAAAAGAACUCAGUCGCGGAACUAGCGGUAGCUCUCUCAUGGAGGGUAACUGGCGACGUCAUCGCGGAGAGGACGAAGACGGCUGGCGCAAGUGGGGAAGAAACAGUUGGCGCGAAGGUGGCAGCAUGGACAGGGACAGGCUGGAUCGAAACGAGGGCGACGGAGAUGAAAGCAGAAGCGUGCCGACAAGAUGGGAACAUCGUGGAAACCACAGAUCUUCCCAUGACUCGGCUCACCAUGCACCAUCUCGCACCGCUCGUACUUGGGAAUCGAAUCAUCACGAUAACCAUGACAAUCUGCCUGAAUGGGCGACGGAGAAUCCGAGCGAGAGUGGCGGCAGUUUCGAUGCUUCGGGCGCGUUUCACGGUGGCGGCAUGUAUUCAGAUGAUGACGACGACGGUGUGGCAGGUGCUUCCCAACAUGGCAGAACUCGGCGUGUGUCGGAAGGCAGUGCUUCUAACAUAGUGAAGUCUAGUAACAAGCCAUUAGCUUUCGUCACGGGUUCUGUCCAAUCGUUGAAUCGCCAUACAAACAAUACGGCCGGUACGUUAGCAAGCAAGGAACGACCAAAAACUUUGCACCCGCUCGAGGACAAGGACGAUCCUGCCGGGAAGGAGAGGAGGUGUAACUCGCCGGUUAAACCAGCCGUUGUGUUGUCGACGGAAGGUAUUCCCGCGAAGACAUCCUUAACGACUUCCUCGGAUCUCUUGCAGAAGAAGACUGUCGGACCCACGGAUAAAGUUGAGAGCGAGAAGUCGAAUCCGGGACCUAGCAAGUCUCCGACCGAAGCUCACAAGAAGGAGAACUCGCAGGCGGAUGUGAAAACGGAGCCGAUAAGUGCCAAUCGACAGGUUCUGCACACGGAGCCGGCCAAGGCCGUGGUACACAACACGGGGAACUCUAAUGUCAGGCAGAGAGUGGAGGACGAUCUGGAUAGAAUGAAGGAGGAGGCCGAUGCUCUGGUGGCUAAGUUGAUGGACGAGGAAAGCCACAAAGAGAAGAGCGCUAGCGUACCGCCCGCAAUCGGUAGCCAACCUCCCGCAGUCUCCGCUACAGACAGCCAGGAAAAAUGGUUUUACCGUGAUCCACAGGGCGAAGUUCAGGGACCAUUUUUAGCUAGCGAAAUGGCCGAAUGGUGCAAAGCUGGUUACUUUACCGCGGGAUUGUUGGUGAGAAGAACAUGCGACGAGAGGUACUACACGCUCGGUGAUCUCAUCAAAAUGUGCGGUAGAGUGCCUUUCACGCCCGGGCCGUCGAUACCUCCGCUAAAGUUAGCAGAGCAGGUGAUACCGCCUGUUCCCAGCACUGUGCCGGCUGGAAUGGCUGCUGCUGCUGGUGCUUUGUCGAAGACGGGAAUAGAGGAUCCGUUGCUGCUGCUACAGUAUCAGCAGAUGCAGUUGUUGCAGAACCAGCUAUUGCUGAGGCAGAUGAAGACAUCGGCGAUAGCGAAGUUGUCGCAAUCGGAACACUGGGCGACGCUGAGCCCCGUCGAGCAGAAUCAAUUGAUUUUGCAAUACGUUAUACAGGACUCGGAUUUCCCGGAAGUACCGAUCACGACAAAUCCGUUUGUGCCUCACCUCGCGUCUCAAGCGGCGACCAAUCCUGUCAUGCAACUGUUCACUCAAAUGCAGCAGGCAAAGGCACAACCGGAGACUCAUUUGCCGACAAAUCCGCAUACAACCGCACCGGCUACGGUGGACCCCAUACAACAAUUGAUUCAACAAAUGGGCGGCAUACAGAAUUUGCCUACUGUUCAACAAUCGAACAUCGCUCAAACUCCUGCGCCAGCGCAGGAGGAUAAUCCGAUCAAAUCUCUGUUACGCCAGCUCAAUGUCAACGCGAACGGUCAUCCGCAAACGUCUCAUAUGGACACCGUAUGGCCGCAACCACCACCGCAAAUGGCUCCUCAGUUUAACGCACAGAAUUGGCUAGCGCAGGUUGGACCCAUUCCGGCAAUGCCACCUGGUCAGUUACCUAGUUCUUUGUGGGACCUGCAUGCUAAAGAAAUAAAAACGGAGCAACAGAUACUGGAAGAACAAAAUCUUAAGUUACAGGAGGAUAGGAAAAAAGAGGAGCUGAGAAAGCAAGAGGAACUGCAGCGUCAGGCGGAAGAGGAGAGUGCCAAGAGAAAGCAAGAGGAACAAGCUAGACAAGUGGAGGAAGCGAAACGUAAAGACGAGGAAAGAAAGAGAAAGGAGGAGGAAAAGAAACGAAAAGAAGAGGAGAAACGUAAGCAAGAGGAGGAACAAAAGAAGAGGGAGGAAAAGAAACGCAAGGAGGAGGAAAAGAAGCGCGAAGAGAAGAGAAAGCAGGAGGAGGAAAAUUUGAAGAAGAAGCAGGAAGAGGAAAAGAGAAAGCGAGAAGAACUUAGGAAGCAGGAGGAGAAGCAGAAGAAGGAAGAGGAGAAGAAGAAGAAAUUGGAGGAAGAGCAGAAAAAGCAAGAAGAAGAAAGACUCAGAAAAGAAGCAGAGGCACGACGACAGGCCGAAGCAGAAGAGCAGGCGCGCCGCGCGGAACAACGGCGUAGAGAGGCCGAGGCGUUACGUAAGCUUCAAGAAAAGAGCAAGGCACCUUGGGCUCAGGCCCCGCGUGCUCCCGCUCCUGCAGCUCACGCAUCACUCGCCGAAAUCCAGAGACUCGAGAGAGAGAAGAAAGCGGAAGAGCAACGGCUGCAGCAAUUGAUGCAGCAGCAGUUGGCACAACAGAAAGCGGUGGAGGCAGCUCAGGAAGCUUCGGCGGCCGACUCGUCCAAGAGGUUGCAAUUCAAAUGGGCGGAGAAAGCUAUCGCUGCCAAUAAACCUCUCCUGGUGAAGAGUCUCGCGCAGAUUCAGCAGGAGGAGCAGGAACGUAUCGCCAAGGUAAAGCAACAAGAAAGAGAGAGGCAAGAGAAAGCCGGCCAAAAGGAGUCUGCGAGUGUGCUGCAGAAUGCUGGAAUAUGGGGCACGGCGUCGCAAUGCCUGAAUUGGGCAAAUUCGAGCACGUCGAGCCAGGCAUGGUCCAACAAUUCAGGCGCUACUGGAUUCUGGGACGAUCCCACACCGGUCAGAUCGAGCACAACUACGAAGCAACCGGUUAAACAGGUCGUUAAUACGAAAUCCGCUCCUAGCCAGCAGCAGCAGCAGAAUAACAAAGCGUCCAAGAGUAAGAACAAGAGAGAAGAGGAGUUAGUGAAGAAGCUAUUUGAACAGAACACUGCCAAGACCGAUGAGUUUACGCAAUGGUGUAAUAAAGCGCUGAGUGGUUUACAGGCGUCUGUGGAUAUCCCUACGUUCGUUGGAUUCCUGCGAGACAUCGAAUCGGCGUACGAAGUUAAGGAGUACGUUCGCGUCUACCUCGGCGAUACCAAGCAGAGUACGGAAUUCGCUAAGCAGUUCCUCGAGAAGCGUAGCAAGUGGCGAUCGGCGCAACGUCCUCAGGCGCAAGCGGACGAUCUGUGCAAACCAGCGCCCGCAGUCAAUCCGAAUGCGCCUACGGAGUUUCAAGAAGUGAAGGGAAAAUCGAAGAAACCAAAGAAAGGAAAGAUGUACAAAGUGGACAACAGGAUACUUGGCUUCAGCGUAACCGCGGCCCCCGACCGUAUCAAUGUAGGUGAUCGCGAUUAUGGCGAGGGCGUCUGAACUGAGUCACGCCAGUUUAACCUCGCGGAAAUGAUGCUACGCUCGAUUCAUCAAACGGUUUGUUAUUUAUUUAUCAUACAUGCUAAGAGGCGCCCGUGGGCUGCCUCUUAAUGCGUAUAAAGGCUUUUUACGAUCCAAUGCGUAAAAGAAGAGCUCAUCCCUUCUCAGAGUCGAUCAUCUUCGCCGAUGGUCUUCGGAGCGUGGCGUUAUUUUCUUACGGAACAAAACUGAGAAAUACACACCGACAAAAAGGCUUCACUGUACAUAUUACUCAAAAAAGAAGAAUAUAUCGUAAGAGAAAAGAAAAUGAAGAAAAAGAGGACGGACUCAUUUUUUCCUAUGUAAGCGACGAUUAGGGUUGAAAACUUUUAUAACAUUUCAUCGUCAUCGUCAUUUAAGAUACGCAAGAAAAAGAAAAAUAUGCCGACCGAUAAUAAUCAUGCACGUGGAGACAUGGCAGUCAAUAGCAAUAUGUGUAUGUAAAGGUGUUCAACGGAAAAAAAAAAAA